UCGACGUGAUGAAAACAUUUGAACGACGGUACCACCGUGACAGUCGGCCAAAGUGCUCCGUUUACAUAUAUUGCGUGAUUUUGCGGAUUAAUGGAGAUAUCAUCGAAGAACUCGUCCGAUCUCUCUCAGUAUCUCUUUCAAAUCCAAGAAAUAAAGAAGACUCCCAAGAAGACCGAUACAUUGUUCGCGGAGAAUCGAAAUGAGAAUACUACGAAAAAUACGAGAUAUCUUUCCUAUUGUGAUUUUCCCUCGAGUUCGACAUCGCGCUACAAUCAAGAGAAUAUGUACGAUAGGAAUACGGAGAUGAUUCUGUUGAAACGGAAAGCGGGCGGAUAUCACAACGAGCUCAAUCCGCUCGUGAACCGCUGGAUCAUUGAUCUGAGCGACAGCGAUUCUAAGAUGGCCCUGAGAAGACAUCUUGGAGAAAUGGCGGAGUGCGGAAAUUCAAAUUCGUCAAGCACCGCGACGGAGUACAACAACAUGGAGAUGUUGCAGAAAUUGCCCUCGGACACGGUCGUGAUAAGACAACAGGCGAAGAUAAACAGCGAAAAUUGCGAUUACGGAGAAACGAAUGAUAGCGGAAGUAGCUCCAGCUGUGCGACUACUAAAAUGAAGAGAAUUUCCCGAACCAUCAAAAACAAAUCAGAAGCAAUAGAGGUGAGACGAAAUCCCAUGCGAGUGUCAAAGAAGAAUUUUACAAGAGAUUUUUCUCAGUCCAAACAACAACUCUUAGCCAAGAGAGACGUUUGUUUGAAUUACGAAUCCGGCAAACGCAUGAGAUCGUCCCCUAUGCCUUACAUGAACACCAGAUCCGUCACCCGAAAGAUGUACACUGUAGGCGCUACUUACCAAGCACCUACUAAAAGAGACGAAACCGAAUGGAAGGAAUGGCCUGUACAUGGAAUGCAUGAAAGACCGGUUUAUCAUCCUCAAGCUGGUCUAGCGGUGGAAUAUCUAGGAAGAUAUUUCACCAGCCUCGAUGGAUUGUCCUAUUGCGAGAUUUUAGAUCAGCCGGAGAUCGAGAUAGUCGCCGUAGAUCCGCACGUCAGCGAUCAAUCGGUCUCUUCGACCGAGAAGAAACCAUCAAAAGAAAAAACAAGAGCAAACAGUAAACGUUCGUCAAGUGCCGCGGACUCUUGGAGCGCUUUUCUGUCCCCGGAAAACAAGUCCUUCGACACUUGCAUGCACGGGAGUCUUCACUACGUGCUUGGUUAUUGCUCGCAAAUUAUGUCACCGACUUACAAGCGAGCUAUAGAAGAGAAAAUUAUGAACCUGACGGAUCCCGUGGCCAAGACGAGUUUUCUAAACUCGGAAGAGACGUGCAACAAAAACAGUGUCGCAAAUUCGUCUGAGAACGUCAGUAAGAACGCCGAAGAUACGAAUUUACUAGAGGCCUAUGCUAUCGCCAUAGCGCAUAGCGUCCGGAAUAAAAGUGUCGUGAGUAACGCGAACAAUCGAAAGACCGUUUCGAAUUUACCGUCGUCUUCGGCGGUGUACAUGCCGGAAACGCAAACCUCGCCCGUGGAAAUUGACAACUCCAAGAUCGGCUCUCAGCCGAGCGGCGAGAUUACGCGGAUGAAUUUGAAGCAAAUCCUUCAAGACGCUUCGAACAGCUCUUUGAUAUUGCUGAGGAGUUCGACUUCUAAAGCGAGCGAAAGCCAAGUCCGCGCAGCGAACGAUGUGUCCGAUCCGAUCCAAUUGGAAAGUACCGCUGUCAGCAACGACACGCUCAUGGAAAUGUCGUCAAUUUACAAGAGUGGUCGAGCGUGUUCGAACGAGCCCGCGUGCGGCUGCAAGGAAUCGUCAACGUGGAACAAUCUGUACAAUUUGAAGAGGCAAGCUCUGGAUACGCAAAAAUAUCCAACAAAGAAGACCUUUUUGCUGGAGAGUCCGAAGGAAAGCAACAAGAUUUCUCUCCAAACAGCAAACAAAACUCACGAAAACAGAAGUGUCGACGAAGUGAAGAUUAAUGCAGAAAAUUCAAGUGGCAGAUUGUCCGCAGCGAGUUCCAAUAAGAGUCGCGGUUGGAGCACCAGCAAGACCUCGGAAAUCGCCAGAAUCCUGUCGGAAUACAACAAGACCAUGACGAGAAAAUCCACGAUACACAAUCAGAUUUAUAACUCGAGGAGUAUAAAACCGAAUCUGACAACUUCGAGCGCCCUGAACUUGUCGAAGAGUUUGUGGCGAAAAGACGUGACGGCGGAGAAAAAUCGGAACUUUGUAACCGACACGAACAGGAAUUUCAAUUUUUCGCAGGGCAAAUGGAAGAGAUUUUAUUUGACCCAGGAUCAGAUCAAGAACACUCGGGCCACCAAUCAAAAUGCUUGGCACGGUUGUUCGACGUCGUUGGAAAAUUAUCCGAGCUCUCUGAGCAAUCGCGCAAAUCUAAGCGUUUUAAAUUGCACGAAGGAGAAACCUGUUGAAUUUCAUAACGAUUUGAACAAGCAUGAAGUUGCUGAUGCAAAAGAGAAAGAAACAAAAUCAGGAUAUUCCAUGGAUGAAACAUCAAUCGCGAGGACGAAGUCUAUGCAGGAAUUGCUUGAAAACACCGCUAUCUUAUAUUGCGCCGCCAACGGAGUUCAUCAGGACGAUUUAUCGACCUAUAUCGACACACUUGACGCUAAGCAAAGCGCGGAAUGGCUGGAGGAGUGGAAGAAUUCUGUUGUAUAAAAGGCUAGACGAUUGAAAAACAACGCACAUAGAGAAACAUGUGAAGACUACAGGAGAAGAACUUGACAAGUUCCAUUUUUUUCGAUUUUCUGUUUUUGAUGUUAUUUGAUGGUUAAAAAAUGAAA